AUAGAUAUUAAUUUCCUGGCUCAACAAUGUCUGAAGAACGAAAAGAGAAAGAGCGUUUGUUUACUGUGAAGAAAUGGAAUGCUGUAGCAAUGUGGUCAUGGGACGUGGAAUGCGAUACUUGCGCCAUUUGCAAGGUCCAAGUGAUGGAUGCCUGCCUUCGUUGCCAAUCUGACAACAAACAGGAAGAAUGCGUAGUUGUGUGGGGAGAGUGCAAUCAUUCAUUCCACAACUGCUGCAUGUCACUCUGGGUCGUUCAGAAUAACCGCUGCCCGCUAUGCCAAGCCGACUGGGUCGUCCAACGGAUCGGCCGAUGACAAUACCAGCAUAUCACAUAUAGAGAAUGUUUAAAUUUGAUUUAAUUACUAGAGAAGUCAUUGUGUUGUGUGCCCUGUACUUUACAAAUCUUUGACAAUAAAAACCUGACUGACGAAUAAGUAGAUGUAGCAAGAUGAGAACCGGGGUAUUUUGUACUGUGAUAAGUAUCAUCAUCAACUCUCU